AUGGCUUCAGCUCUGUCUCUGUUGCUGUCGAGUUUCUUACUCACACCCUUGGCCAAUGCCCAGGCAUUCAGCGGAGGCGCACGCUCUGCCGAUGCUUUCAGCUAUGUCCAGCCAUUAAACACCACUAUCCUGGGACCGUAUGGUCACUCUCCAACCGUGUACCCUUCACCAAACGCCACCGGUGCUGGUGGCUUCCAAGAGGCUUUAGAGAAGGCCAAGGCUUUUGUGGCCGAGCUGACUUUGGAAGAGAAGUCAGAUAUGGUCACAGGACAGCCCGGUCCCUGUACCGGUAACAUUGUCGCCAUCCCGCGGCUUGGCUUCAAGGGCCUUUGCCUCCAAGACGGUCCUCUCGCCAUUCGUCAAGCUGACUACGCCUCCGUCUUUGAAGCUGGAGUUUCAGCAGCGAGCACCUGGGACCGAACAAUGCUAUACGAGAGGGGGAAGGCUAUGGGAGAGGAGUUCCGCGCAAAGGGCGCCAACAUCAUGCUUGGACCAGUCGCUGGCCCCCUGGGUCGAUCGGCCUACUCUGGCCGCAACUGGGAAGGCUUCAGUUCCGACCCGUAUCUGACGGGGUUGGCGAUGGAGCACACCAUCAACGGCAUCCAGGACGCUGGGGUCCAAGCCACAGCCAAGCACUUCGUCGGUUACGAACAGGAGACUCAGCGGAACCCGAUAUACAACGAGAGCGGCACACUCACCGAUGUGAUCCAAGAGUCCGUAUCAUCCAACAUCGACGACCGUACCAUGCACGAGCUGUACCUUUGGCCCUUCGCCAAUGCCGCCUACGCCAAGGUCUCCAGCGUCAUGUGCUCGUACAACCGAUUGAACGGAUCCUACUCCUGCGAGAACUCCAAGACUCUGAAUGGCUUGCUCAAGACCGAGUUGGGCUUCCAGGGCUACGUCCAGUCUGACUGGGGUGGCACUCACUCUGGUGUCGCUUCGAUCGAGGGCGGUCUUGACAUGGACAUGCCCGGCGGCAUCGGUGAGUAUGGACAAAGUCCCCAAGCCGGCUCCUUCUUUGGUAAGAACGUCACGAUGGCGGUCAGCAACGGCACCGUUGAUGUCUCCAGAAUCGACGACAUGAUCAUGAGGAUUAUGACUCCAUACUAUUACCUUGGCCAAGACAAGGACUAUCCGUCCGUUGAUCCUUCAUGCGCCGACCUCAACACCUUCUCGCCUCGCAGCACCUGGAUGAGGGAGUUUAACCUAACAGGACAACGCAGCCGUGAUGUCCGCGGAGACCACGGAGAACUCAUCCGCAAGCACGGCGCCGCCGCCACCAUUCUGCUCAAGAACGAGAACGGCACUCUGCCGCUCAAGUCGCCCAAGUCCAUUGCCGUCUUUGGUAACGAUGCUAGCGUGGAUACUCAGGGCUACCUCAACCAAGUGGACUUCGAAUAUGGCACUCUGGCAGUCGGUGGUGGGUCGGGGACCGGCCGACUCACCUAUCUCGUCACCCCGCUUGAAGCCGUCAAGGCUCGUGCGCAGGAAGACGGCUCUUACGUCCAGCAGUGGUUGAACAACACCUUGAUUGCGACGUCCAACAUGACCGACCUUUGGAACCCCGAGAUGCCCGACGUCUGCCUCGUCUUCCUCAAGACUUGGGCAGAAGAAGGCGCAGACCGCCAGCACCUCUCAACCGACUGGGAUGGGGACGAGGUUGUCGCCUCCGUUGCCGCGUACUGCACCAACACCGUUGUCGUCACUCACUCAUCCGGCAUCAACACCCUGCCCUGGGCUGACCACGAAAACGUGACGGCCAUCCUGGCCGCCCACUACCCCGGUGAGGAAUCCGGCAACGCCAUCGUCGACGUCCUAUACGGCAAGGUCAACCCCUCGGCCAAGCUGCCCUACACCAUCGCCUUCAACGGCAGCGACUACAACGCGCCCCCCACCACCGCCGUCAACACGACCGGCCAGUACGACUGGCAGAGCUGGUUCACCGAGAAGCUCGAGAUCGACUACCGCUACUUCGACGCGCACAACAUCUCGGUGCGCUACGAGUUCGGCUACGGCCUCUCGUACACCACCUUCAACAUGAGCGACCUGGCCACCGAGUGCGUCGCGGGCGCCAACAACAACAACAUCACGUCCGAGCCCGAGGACCUGCCCAUCGCACCGGGCGGCAACCCCGCGCUCUGGGAGGUCCUCUACAACGUCACCGUCUCCGUGUCCAACACGGGCGACCGCGACGGCGCCGCCGUCCCGCAGCUCUACGUCGGCUUCCCCUCGGCCACGACCCCCUCCGGCACGCCGCCCCGCCAGCUCCGCGGCUUCGAGAAGGUGCCCCUCGCCGCGGGCGAGACGCAGACGGUCGCCUUUGCGCUGAUGCGCCGCGACCUGAGCUACUGGGACGUCGUGUCGCAGCAGUGGCUCAUCCCGGCCGGCGACUUCUCGCUGAGUGCUGGUUUUAGUAGUAGGGAUCUGAAGCUCGUUGGGAAGUUGACUCCUAUUGCUGUUUAA